AGUCAUGCAUCAACCUCUAACUUUAAUGGACGUGUUAAAACUCAUGUCGUGGUUCUGCGCGCUCGUCGCCAGUGUCAACAGUGACUCCAGUCCAAUAGAGACUUAUCUGAGGCAAAAGAAAAGUUUCCUGAAGAAAAAAUAUCGGCCCAUCUACCACUUGACAGCACCAGAGGGAUGGAUGACCUAUCCAGCCGGCAUCACCUUGUAUAGAGGACAAUACCACAUGUUCUAUCAAUUCCAUCCCUAUAACGGAGCGUGGGGACACGUGAGCUGGGGCCACGCGGUCAGCACCAACCUCAUCGAUUGGGUGCAUUACCCAACAGCACUUAUACCCAGCGAUUACUACGACAGACAUGGGUGCCUCGCCGGUUCCGCUUUAGUUAACAGGAACUUCCUCACGCUCUUCUAUACCGGACAUGUUAUCUCGGACAAUGUAACCUUUCAAACCCAAAACAUCGCCAUGAGUGGUGACGGUGUGAUCUUCAAGAAAUAUGUUUUCAAUCCCAUCAUAAGAGGAUCCCCCAUUAGAAUAGGAGACACAAGAAAUCCCAAAGUAUGGCGUUUCCAGAACCAUUGGUACAUGAUUUUGGGGACGACUUCGAGACAGGGGAACGGUGAGCUACUCCUGUAUACGUCUCCAGAUAUGUUUAGUUGGAAACUGAACGGGUCUCUAGUAAAAUCGUACGGGGAUAUGGGUUAUGUUUGGGAAAGUCCAGAUUUGUUCCGAUUAGAUGGACAUCAUGUUCUGCUUGUGUCGGCUCAAGGAAUAGAGAUGGAUGGGCUCAGGUUCAACAACCUGUAUCAAACGGGAUACGUUCUGGGAAGAUUCAACUACUUCAAAGGCAGAUUUGACGAUUUGGAAGUAUCAGUUGCUACGUUUCAUCAGCUGGAUUACGGACACGAUUUCUACGCCGCUAAAACGUUCUUCGCUUACGGAAGAAGGAGGGUUUUGAUUGCGUGGAUGGGCAUGUGGGAGAAUGACUUCGUAGAGUCCUCGUUAGGGUGGGCGGGGAUGACGACAACACCGAGGGAGCUUCGAUUGAAUCAGUUGGGACGACUUCUCAUGACGCCUAUUAAAGAAAUGAUGGAUUUACGCGUGGAAAUGCUGGAGAAUGCCUGGUACACCCCUGGGGAAGCGUUCCAAGCUGGGUCUAAGUCUUUCGAAUUACUAGUGAAUUCCACAACUCCUUUCUCUGAUGUCGCCCUAAUAUUUGAAUGGCGUUCAGGAGGUUUCAGUAUCGCGUACUCAGCGGACCAGGGGUAUAUAAGCGUCGAUCGGGGAGGCACGGACGGCGUGAGGCAAGCGUAUUGGUCACCCGAAGAACAUAUUUACCUGCGAGUAUUUGUCGAUUUUAGUUCUAUAGAAAUCUUUUGUGGGGACGGUGAGGUGGUGUUUACGAGCCGCAUAUAUCCAAAGUCUAUGAAAAUCCGAAUAGGGGGCAGCUCGAAUCUCUAUAUCAUACAGUACCGAUUGCGUGCUAGCGUUGGCUUCGACGACAGUCUGACAAAUCGGUUGAAGAAAACAUAUUAGACUUGGCGGAGAGAACACUAAAGAAUACGAUAUACCUACUUACUAUGAUGGACCUCAUUGAUUUUGAAAGAGCCACCAGGAUUGACCUAGUAGUGGACAAAAGACUUUUUAGUUUUCUAAUUUGUUAGUUACCAUUGACUUAUUUUAAACGUACUAACGUAAC